CGGAGAAUGAGCCGGAGGCGGUGGCGGGCUCCCGGCGGAGCGGCCGGGCUGGGAGCAUGCUGCGCUGGUUCAUCACCGUCCUCCUGUGUGCCGCCUUCCUGGGGCUGGGAAUGAGUGUCGCUAUACUGGGACCCACGUUUCAAGAUUUGGCAACAAAUGUGAACCGCAAUAUCAGCAGUCUUUCUCUGAUUUUUGUGGGCCGUGCCUUUGGAUAUUUGGGUGGCUCUGUGAUUGGUGGAGUUCUUUUUGACAGUAUGAAUCAUUUUCUUCUUUUGGGGAUGUCAACGUUCGCUACCACAAUUGGUCUUUAUCUUGUUCCAUUUUGUAAGGCCGCGGUGUUACUGAUUGUCAUGAUGUCCACCUUUGGUGUUUCAGUUGGCAUCCUGGAUACAGGUGGUAACGUCCUAAUCUUGGCUAUUUGGGGGGACAAAGGAGCCCCCCAUAUGCAGGCCUUACACUUCAGUUUUGCCUUGGGUGCCUUUUUGGCUCCCCUGCUGGCUAAAUUGGCAUUGGGCAGGAUGGUGUCUGCUGAAAACCACACAGAGGCUGACUUUAACCAUUCUGCCCUCAACCAGUCAUCUGAAGCUGACUCAGAAUCUCUACUUCGAAUACCUGACAAUAUGAAUUUACUGUGGGCUUACGCUGUUAUCGGUACUUAUAUUUUUGUAGUUUCUCUCUUUUUUUUCGCUCUUUUUAUAAAGAAAAGCUCAAGGCAGGAUAAAGCAAAAGUAUCUACUCAGAGGUUUCGAAGAGCUAAAUAUCACAAUGCCCUUCUUUGUCUCCUUUUUCUGUUCUUCUUUUUUUAUGUUGGAGCCGAGGUAACAUAUGGCUCUUACGUUUUCUCCUUUGCAACCACCCAUGCUGGCAUGAAAGAAAGUGAAGCGGCUGGGUUGAACUCCAUCUUCUGGGGGACCUUUGCAGCCUGCAGGGGUAUGGCAAUCUUUUUUGCUACAUGUUUACAACCUGGAACCAUGAUUGUGUUGAGCAACAUUGGCAGCCUGGCUUCAUCUUUAUUUCUGGUGCUUUUCGACAAGAGCCGAGUUUGUCUCUGGAUAGCAACUUCAGUGUAUGGCGCCUCAAUGGCAACCACAUUUCCCAGUGGUGUGUCUUGGAUUGAGCAGUACACGACCAUCCAUGGGAAAGCUGCAGCAUUUUUUGUAGUCGGUGCUGCCCUGGGAGAAAUGGCUAUUCCUGCAGUAAUUGGAAUUCUUCAAGGAAAAUACCCUGAUUUGCCUGUAGUUUUGUACACCUGUUUGGGGUCAUCAGUAGCCACUGCUGUUUUAUUUCCUGUGCUGUAUAAAUUAGCCACCUUGCCUAUCAGUCGUCAGCAUAAAGAACACAGUAAAAGCGAGGACCAGAAAGCUUUGCUGUCUAGCUCUGGGCUAAAUGACUAUGAGGAAGAGAAUGAAGAAGAAGAUGCAGAAAAAUGGAAUGAAAUGGACUUUGAAGUGAUCGAAAUGAAUGAUACGAUGAGGAAUUCUGUAAUAGAGACAUCUAGAUAUAUUUUGAUGGAGCCCACAGCUGACGUCUCCAACCAAUCCCACUCAAAUGCGUUAAUGUUUGAGUCCUCUCCAGUUAAUAUGGGCAAGUCCCCUGUGAAUCACUUGCAAGAAACCAGGACAAAAGGGACUAAGGGCUAGAGAAGAUGAAUUAUUUACUGACUUCCCUGAAGAAUCACCAGUUCUAAAGAGGCCAGUCAGAGCAAAGCAUAACAGAUUUUCAACAAGCUUUGGGGGUCAAAAUUUCUAGGUCCAAGUAUAGCAAAUGCUAAAAGGUUUUGAAAUGUUUUGUCAUUCACAGAGCCUUUCAUAAAGAACCAAUGAUCUCAUACAGCUGGAUCCUGUUGUGAGGCUAGCGUUUGGUGGCAUGUGGCUGAUUAGGGAAUAUUUUCUGGUCUCAAGAGUGUGCAGAGAAGGCAUUUGUUUUUGAGAAGUUGGGUGCCAUUCAGAUAGAAUGAAACUGUUUAGUAGUUGAAUUGGUUAGCUGAACAAAUUAUCCGUCGUCAGUAUUCUGCCAGGGAAGUUGAGGAGAAUCAUUUCAUAAAAGAGCAUCUUUGAAAAUGGACAGAGAUUUUUACUGUUUCCCUCUAUCUGUAGUGUUGGACCAGCAAAUGCUAAUUACUCAUAUGAUUUCUGAUUUCUGUGAAGAGAACACAGAAUAGGCACAGACCUGGCUUCAGGCCUCCACUGCUGCUCACUAGUCUUCUGGCCCUGUACUCAGUCAUUUAACUUAUAUAGGUCUCGUUUAUCUCAUCCCCGAUCUGUGAUUCUCUAAUGAAAAUGCGAUGACUUUCAAACUGGGAAUCCAUAAUUUUUAAAGUUUGUGCAAGAUACCUGCUAGAAAUCAAUAUGUGUCACCCCAUUCUUCAUUUCAAAUGAGAAGUGAAAAAAAUUGAUAGCUUUAAGAAUGUGCUACUGACUAUGAAGAGUGUCAAUUUAAGAGACUCAGUGUUUAAUACUUUAUUUGAAUAAUUGUCUGAAGAAUACAUUUUUAGUACUGUAUUUCAUCAAUUCUGAGAUGCACCUUUUUUCACAUUUUUAACAUCUCUGAAAUCAGAAUAUGUGUUGAAAUCAAUGAUCAUUUAACAUUGUGGCAAAACUUAAUUGACGUUUUUUUCCUAUAUACUUCUAUAAAGUAGUGUUGCAUUUUACAAUCAGUGUCUUAGUUUCAGUGACUAUAGUAAUUCAUUCAAUUAUGGAGAUUAUACUAUUUUUACAGACAUUUUAAAAAGAGAAGUUAUUUUUGUAUGCUUAUUUUCUCUAAUUAUGUUCAAACAGGAUUUGGAGAUGCCUUGUUUCGAUUUUUAAAGCUGUUUCAGGGUUACUAUGUUAGUAGUAGGGCUGUGGACAGGGUCUCUUGAGGUCCUUUGCCUAGCUCAGUGACACAGUGUGGGUAUGAGCCUUGCUGUUCCAGGAAUUGCUCCUCAUUGAGUCUGGUUGGUAAUCAUGUUGUACGCGCUGUAAAUUAGGUUGCUAGUUUAAUUUACAGUGAGACACAGUCUUUUCCAAUGGUUGGAAUACUUGUAUCCCCCAAGUGGAUACAAUACUCUGGAUACAAUGCUUGAAGCCCUCUGGGCUUCCUCUUUACUGAGUUUGAAAUACCUGGGAAACCAAAGUAAUGAUUAGAAAGUGGCUUGGGAGCCUAAGAGUCAGGGAUCAUGAGUAUGGCAAAUGGGCUAUCCUUUGAUAAAUGACUGGCAUUGACAACAGAUUUUAUUCACUUCUUUUUAGCACAUUUUAUGCUGAAAAAUAUCUAAUUUCUACUUGGUUGCAGUAUGUCUACUUUUUAUCUAAUUUCUAUAAAUUUGCCUUUGUUUUAAGUGGAAAACUACCUUUCUUGACCACUGUCCAUUAUUGGUUCAUAUUAACAAUCUGACAGUUUUGGAGAGGGCUGGUGAAGAAAUUAGCAGUGAAAAGCCUAUUCUUGCUCUUUUUAUACUGUAUUUUUCUCUUAGCUAGAACUUGGAGAUUAUCUCUGCUCCAUUUACUGCUUUUCUCAGGUUGUUGGAAUUUAGGCAGUAGCAACUGUUUGGCAUCUGCGCGGCUUGCUAGAAUAGGGAUUCUGCCUGCAGCAUGUACAUUUAAAGGGUAAAAAGGCAACUCAGGGAAAGAAGGUAAUAAGAACAUGGCAGAAAAUUUGGAAAUCCAUGAAAAAUGCAUUAGAAUUCCACAAACCAAAAUGUGAAUGGCCAGAUGAGAUUAUAGGCAUUGUUAAAGUUUAAUAAUCUAUUUCCGUAUUGGAAGGAUAAGACUUAUUACAAUUCAGGAAUUAGCAUUCAUCCUAAUAAUAAGUUCUUAGUUAAGUAAGUGUCUGCUGAUACACAGAUAACCAAUACCGAAAUUUUCUAUUGCUGAGUAACAAAUUACCACAAAUUUAACAGCUUAAAACAGCAGAGUUUUUGUUUCUUUAACCUCAUAGUUUCCUUGAGUCAGGAGUUUGGGCACGGUGUCACUGGGUUCUCUGCUCACGGUUUCACAGGGCUGCAGUCAGGCUGUUGGAAGAGUUGUGCUUCUUUGUGGAGCUUGGGCUUCCCUUCCAGGGCCGUGUAGUUUUUGACAGUAUUCAGUUCCUUGAUGUGGUGGAUUGAGGUCUCCGUUUUUUGCUGGCUGUCAGCAGGCACCAUUCUCAAUUGUUAGAACCUCCCACAGACCCUUGCUGUGUGGCCCUCUCUUAGAUCCUCUCAAAAGUAUGGCAGCUUGUUUCUUCAAAGCCAGUGGGAGAAUCUCUUACCAGAGCCGGCUAAGCUGGUGUCUUUUAUAAUAUAAUGUAAUCACAGGAGUGACAUCCUGUCACCUUUGCCAUAUUCUGUUGGCUAGAAGGAAGUCGCAGAUCUGCCCAAACUCAAGGGGAGAAGCUAGUAUAGAGAUGUAUCUGAUUAUUGGGGGUCACCCUGGAGUGUGUCUGCUAUACUCAGGUACCUGCAAAACUCAAGAGAGCUAGAAAGUUUGAGCUGGGGGGAAGAAAGACCUUCAGCAGUCAUUGAAAGUGAUUAUAGAUACAGCCCACUGAAUGUCCUAGUGAGGGGAUGGAAAGUGCUCCAUAGACCAGGCCAAUAAACCUAACUCGGAGUUAGGCUUUUUUUUCUUGAGAUUUUAUUUUGUGUCCUUUACCACUGUGCUUUUUAAAACCCGUUCAAAUGCAGCAUAAUAUGAGGGAAAUAGGUAAGUUUCAGUUUAAUUGUAUUUUCAUAGUAAAGUCCAAGAACACUUUGAGAGCAUUUUUCAAUUACUAUUAUUUUUUAAAGGAAAAUCUUUUUUAAAAAUCAGUUUUUAUUAUACAAGUAAUGAAGGUAUAAAGAAAGGUCAUGAUAGAAGAUUAUGGAAAUACCUAAAAAUAUAAGGGACAAAUAUAAGUAAUCAUAACCCUAAACACCUGGAGAGUUCUUACAUUUCUAAUCAACUUAAUUUCCUAAGUCAAGGGUAAAGGGGUAAAAAAAAGUUUCUUUCUACCAGAUAAGGUAUCAGAAACAACUUGAAUUUUGUGUCCACAUUAUAUUGAUACUACAUUUGGUGGACUGGUUUUUAGUUUGAAGAAUUGUAGUUUAUUAAAAACAAAAACAGUGUAGCAACACAUUCCUAAAAAAUGUGUGAGACCCAGAUUACAUGUAAAAUGAUUUUGUUUCAGGUAGAUUUACUGAAUAGUCAGGAUAGCUUUCUCAUAGCCAGAACUUUUGUUUUACCAUAGCAAUGUACCAUUUUCAAUCCUGCCGCUUAAAAAGUUAUUACUAAAAUAGAGCUUAAAAUUCUUAGUGGAAGUAGAUAUAUUCUUCUGGGAUGCCCUGUAUUUGUGUUUAAGUGCCCUUGUUUUGUUCAUAGUGUUGUAAAUGUUUGUGUGUGUUUGUAUAUGUGAACCCACAGAUAUUGUGUGUGUCUGAUGUUUUCUUAUACUAUGGGGAUGCUGUGGAGGUAGAGGUGAUAGGGAAGGGAUACAGAAAAGCUUCCCGUAUGAUUCAAAGUUUGUUAGAAAUGUUCUUUUUUUAAA